UGAAAAAAAUAAGAUGCAUGAAAACUCUAAAACACAUCUUCAUAAUACGAUGGAAUUGGCUUUAUUGGGGACUGUUUACAUCAGAACUCAGUUAGAUUCAGCAUAUUGGAGAAAUAUACAACAGCAUAAUGAUACCGUUACAAAAAACAGGUACGUUCUAUCAAAACUUAAGCGAAUACAUAAAAAAUGCUUCAAUAUUUAAAGGAACUUCGAAAGAAAUACAAAACGAUCUACUGGAUUGUAUUCUUGAAGUGUGUCAUGGAGAAGUAAUAAAUUAGAUUAACAGAAAACCCAACUGGUAACAAUUGUCAGAUAUGUAUUUAACGGCGAACCAGUAGAACGUUUUUGAGCGUCGUAGAUCCAUUAAUAGAAAAUUUCCCUAACAGACUGAUUUCACAACGCUAUGAUGGAGCCGCG